CACACCUGGCAACCCCUCCAGCAGAAUGAAACAUUCCUUUCGCCAUAUGACCUUUCGACCUUUCACCUUGCCAAAUGCAGACGACCGCAAACAUUGGGCGGCCGCUGCAGCGUAGCGACCUGGUAAGGUACGAAGAUUUCAUCGGACAAAUAUCUGCCUCUGCAUACAGUACAGCGAAGAGGUUCUCUUCACCAUGACAGAAAAGCCCGUGAGCAAAAAGGAGCCCCGGGGUGGAGUAUCGGGCCUCUCGGCGCUCUGGCAACAACGCACCGAGGAACACGCCCACCAACAGUCGAUCAACCCCUUCUCGGAAUGGGAAGACGGACCCUCAACGGGCCCAAAACUCCACCGGGGCGACAAAGGAUACGGGCGGCCUGUAGAAGGCUCUAAGACCGAAGCAAGAGGGAAAGCUGCACACUCUCACAUCAGCGGAGAAGUUCUCCAAGUCGUGGACGUUAUAAACGCUAUCGGGUGGCGAGACAGAGAUGGGAGAAUGUGUGUGAAUUUUGGACACUUGUUUGAGGUGUAUACGAAGAUUUCUAACAAGGUUGUUGGUGUCCUAAUGCGUGCAAGAAAGUACGGGUUGGUGGACUUCGAGGGAGAGAUGCUCUGGCAGGGGAAAGAUAACCACGUCAUGAUCACAGUACUGCGAGAUGUCUGACAUAGCUGCACCAGGGAUGGUCGGAUACAAACAAACCGUAUUAGUAUAUACUUACUCUCCGUAGGGACCGUUAUGUGAACAUGGCCUGGAGUCAUUCCGACAAGGACGUCGACAUUUGGGAGCGUGUUGUUGACAAUACUGAUACCACAAGUGAUUUAGAUAUUACUUUAAAUGUUGUAGGUACAAGAAGUGUUCGCGUAUACAUUCUCCAAACAGAUCCUACGGUAGCAUAAGAUAGUAUCAAAACACACUUCUACUAGUUCUAGGCCGAGUGAAGCCGGCCUAGAAGUGUGUUUGGCUACCUACAUGGCAAACUUGUACACCUCUUGUCUGACUCACUCCUUAGCCAGUUAAGUUCUAUCUAUUCUUAUGCUAUCAUAGGAUCUGCUUGGAGGUUAGUGUUCGCGGUGAUUUUGAGUUCACGAUAAACUGUAGUUACGGAACCGGAAACCCAGGCACCGUUACAACGGACAGCCAGUCAGAAACCACCAACAAUGCCAGCAACUCAACAAACUGGUGUUACAGACAGAAUACUCGCUUUCGACAGUGCUUGGGUGACCAACUGUCAAUGAUCUACACUCUGGAUAUGUAGCACUUCUUAAUAUUAGAUACAUUCAGUGUUAAAAGAUGAUGUCUUCAAUUUGUGCUUUGUCAGUAUUCAUGCUUAUUGACCGUAACAUAUCGUAUUACUAUGCAAUGUACUGCACGUAACGCUUAGACAAGAAAUAGACGAGAAGACAGACGAAAACUUUUCGCCGUGAUUUUUUAGUUCAACUAGAUAAAAACUUAGGCGAACAUUUCUGUAUUUACAGUAUAUA